GCCCGCCCAGGCGCGCGGCCUGCCGGGAGACGCAGUCCAAACCUUUCGGGAGCAGGACUAGGGGUCCCAGAGAGCCUCGCGGCGCGCAUGCGAGCCCCGGCCCCCCCCCCAACUCGCGCGGCCUGCCGGGACUUGUAGUCCAACGCCAGCAGGCUUCCGGGCCCGGAGUGGGCGGUGGGACUCGGGGUCCCAGAGAGCCGUGCGCGGGCCGCGACGCCGAGCACCGCCCUCGCCGUCGCCUCCGGGCUUUCUCCGGUCGCUGCCGCCACCACCGUUGCUUCGCGGGCUGGGAGGCCCGGGGUUCCCGGGCGAACAGAGGCUGCGGUGGACUGACGCCGCAGGGGCGAGCUAGCCGGCUUCGCGCCUCUCCGCGGGAUCCAGACGCCUCCUGGGGCUGCUGGCGGAGGGUCUGAGGCGGCGCGGCCAUGGCUCACCUCCGGGGAUUUGCCAACCAGGCUGGAGUGCGAUGGUGCGAUCUCGGCUCACCGCAACCUCCGCUUCCCUGAUUCAAGUGAUUCUUCUGUCUUGGACUCUCAAGUAGCUCGGAUCACAGCACUCUCGAGUGGACCCUGAGGAGCUCUUCACCAAGCUCGACCGCAUUGGCAAGGGCUCGUUUGGGGAGGUCUACAAGGGCAUCGAUAACCACACGAAGGAGGUGGUGGCCAUCAAGAUCAUCGACCUGGAGGAGGCCGAGGAUGAGAUCGAGGACAUCCAGCAGGAGAUCACUGUCCUCAGCCAGUGCGACAGCCCCUACAUCACCCGCUACUUUGGCUCCUACCUAAAGAGCACCAAGCUGUGGAUCAUCAUGGAGUACCUGGGCGGCGGCUCAGCACUGGACUUGCUUAAACCAGGUCCCCUGGAGGAGACGUACAUUGCCACGAUCCUGCGGGAGAUUCUGAAGGGCCUGGAUUAUCUGCACUCCGAACGCAAGAUCCACCGAGACAUCAAAGCUGCCAACGUGCUACUCUCGGAGCAGGGGGACGUGAAGCUGGCGGACUUUGGGGUAGCAGGGCAGCUCACAGACACGCAGAUUAAGAGGAACACAUUCGUGGGCACCCCCUUCUGGAUGGCGCCUGAGGUCAUCAAGCAGUCGGCCUACGACUUCAAGGCUGACAUCUGGUCCCUGGGGAUCACGGCCAUUGAGCUGGCCAAGGGGGAGCCUCCAAACUCUGACCUCCACCCCAUGCGCGUCCUGUUCCUGAUUCCCAAGAACAGCCCACCCACGCUGGAGGGCCAGCACAGCAAGCCCUUCAAGGAGUUCGUGGAGGCCUGCCUCAACAAAGACCCCCGAUUCCGGCCCACGGCCAAGGAGCUCCUGAAGCACAAGUUCAUCACCCGCUACACCAAGAAGACCUCCUUCCUCACGGAGCUCAUCGACCGCUAUAAGCGCUGGAAGUCAGAGGGGCAUGGCGAGGAGUCCAGCUCUGAGGACUCUGACAUUGAUGGCGAGGCGGAGGACGGGGAGCAGGGCCCCAUCUGGACGUUCCCCCCUACCAUCCGGCCGAGUCCACACAGCAAGCUUCACAAGGGGACGGCUCUGCACAGUUCACAGAAGCCUGCGGAGCCCGUCAAGAGGCAGCCGAGGUCCCAGUGCCUGUCCACGCUGGUCCGGCCCGUCUUCGGAGAGCUCAAAGAGAAGCACAAGCAGAGCGGCGGGAGCGUGGGUGCGCUGGAGGAGCUGGAGAACGCCUUCAGCCUGGCCGAGGAGUCCUGCCCCGGCAUCUCAGACAAGCUGAUGGUGCACCUGGUGGAGCGAGUGCAGAGGUUUUCACACAACAGAAACCACCUGACAUCCACCCGCUGAAGCGCGCUGCUGUUCAGAUAGGGGACGGAAGGUCGUUUGUUUUUGUUCUGAGCUCCGUAAGAACUGUGCUGACUUGGAAGGUGCCCUGUGCUGUGUCGUGCCUGCAGGGACACGUCGGAUCCCGUGGGCCUCACAUGCCAGGUCACCAGGUCACCGUCUCCUUCCACCCCUGCAGUGUGCUGUUCUGCACGUCAGGGACGCUGUUCUCUAUGCCCACUGCCCUCCUCCCUCUCCUGGCCCAGCAGUAUUGCUCACGGGGGCUCCAGCAGCCGGCGUGGCCCUCAUGAGCUACGCCUGGGUCUUCUGCAGACUCAUGCAGCCCUAUGGCCGCUCAGACCAAGGCGCAGAGCAACUAUCAGGGCAGCUCUGCCUCCUCCUCCCAUGAGGUGGGGAGAGGCAACAGGGCAGCCCCCAGAGGAGUGUCCUGGCCGCUGUCCUCCCGGGGCCCAUGAUGGCCAUAGAUUUGCCUUGUGGUGUUGGAUCAGGUACUGUGUCUGCUCAUAAGUACUUGUGUCAUCCAGAAUGUUUUGUUUUUUAAGAAAAUUGAAUUGUUUCCUGAAAUAUUCUGAGGUUAAUAUGUUAGUUUUCAUAGAACAUUGAGAGGCCCCUGCCACUUUCAAUAAAGACCUGACUUGGAGA